AGUGCAUCUCAGAAAGUUUAUUGAGGCGAUAAAGUGUGCGAUGCCUACAUCCUACUCUACCAACAUGCGUUCAAAGUUUCCUAUCCUGGCAAUAACGCUGGAAAUUUUGAUCAUUAUUUUAUAUGGGAUUUUUGUCACAUAUGACGAUGAAGCUGAUUCGAGAAUUAAUCCGAAAAACACAACCACAACAGAAAAGUUAUACAAACUAUAUCCAAGUUUCCAGGAUGUGCACGUUAUGAUCUUUGUUGGAUUUGGCUUUCUUAUGACCUUUUUGAAGAAAUAUGGCUUCAGCAGUGUGGGACUUAAUUUACUUAUUGCUGCCUUUGGUCUUCAAUGGGGCACGCUGAUGCAAGGCUGGUUGCACAAUUACAAAGAUGGACAAAUCAAAGUCGACAUUAACACCUUAAUCAAUGCAGACUUCAGCACAGCAGCGGUGUUGAUUUCAUUUGGAGCAGUCUUGGGGAAGACUAGUCCGGUCCAACUUCUGAUCAUGACUUUGUUGGAGAUUACAAUAUUUGCUUUCAAUGAGCAUCUGGUUACUGGGAUCCUGAUGGCCAAAGAUGUUGGUGCAUCAAUGACUAUUCAUGCAUUUGGUGCAUACUUUGGACUGGCUGUUGCUCGAGUCCUCCACAGGCCAGAUUUGCAAGAAUGCCAAGAAAAUGAAGGAUCUGUAUAUCACUCGGAUUUAUUUGCUAUGAUAGGUACUAUGUUCUUAUGGAUGUUUUGGCCAAGCUUUAACUCUGCCAUAGUAGAGUCUCCGGAUGGGCAGUACAGAGCUAUCAUAAACACUUAUUACUCUCUAGCUGCAUGUGUGCUGGCAGUUUAUGCUCUCUCCUGCUUACUCGAUAAGAACGGAAAGCUUGACAUGGUUCAUAUACAAAAUGCUACUCUGGCAGGUGGUGUAGCUGCUGGAACCUCUGCUGACAUGAUGAUCUUUCCUUAUGGAAGUCUGAUGAUUGGAUUUAUUGCUGGAAUAGUCUCGACAAUUGGAUUUAAAUAUCUAACGCCACUGUUAGCAUCUAAAGCUAAACUACAUGAUACAUGUGGUGUACAUAAUCUUCAUGGUUUACCUGGAAUAAUUGGAGGUCUGGCCGGUAUAGUUGGAGCAGGAAUGGCCAGCGAAACAUUAUAUGGGAAUGGCCUUUAUUCAACUUUCCCAGAAAUGGACAACAAGAGAACUGCCAUGGUACAGGCUGGAUACCAAGCUGCUGGACUGGGCACCUCUCUUGCUAUAGCCAUCAUUGGAGGACUUAUUACAGGUUUCAUUCUUCGCAUUCCAGUUUGGGGACAGCCACCAGACCAAAAUUGUUUUGAUGAUCAAAUUUAUUGGGAGGUGCCAGACAGUGAAAAUGAGCACAAUGAGCUGCUUUCAUCAGAACAUGGAAAACACCAGAGUAAUCCUGUAGCAUGAUCCAGCUUGAGUUUUGAAGGAACAUAUCAACAUUCCAAAACAACCCAACAUUGCGAGGCGUACUUAAUUUGAAUUCAACAUAUUUUAUCUUGCAUUGAAAAUGUAAUUGAGUAACAAAAAUCCACAAAUAACGUCAGAAUUUUUAAUUUCAGUCUUCCUUUUUUCAUAAAGAUCUUCAUUUAAAAGUAUUCAAACAAAGUACUCGAUUUGAGUGUUGGAACAAAACACCUUUUUUUAUUCAUAAAUUCAUAUUUUAUAAUUAUUUUUGCUGAUAUCUUUCUUAAACUGCUAGGAUAUUGCUUCUUUUACUUGACAUUAUUCUCCUUUUUGGGAUAGAGUUGCAAUGAUACACGCCUUCAGAUGAUUGCAUACUGCACCAAUACAAGACCCAAGAGUAUAAUCUUAGACCUUAGCUACUGAGGGAGUGUUGAGUUACUGCAGGUAUUGCCCAGCAUUCAAGCAGAAAUAACAGUCUCUAUAGUUAUCUUUUUUUUUAAAUGUAGGAGAGCUCUCCAAGUUCUAGACUGAAUUAAUAAUGUAAUUAAAACCAACAACAAAGAGCAAAUGGUUAUGCACAUUAUUAAUGUCUCAGGGACUUAACUGUAUAUACGUUGACUGGCUUACAUAAUAGGUAUUUAGCACAAAAAAUUAUUGUAUCUCCAUUAUUCAAGAUGACCUAAGCAUGUGAAAAGCAGUGUGUGAAUUUCCAAAUAUUCUCCUUUUACAUAUUGCUCAUUAGACAUACAAACAUAAAUUAGCAAGGAAAACAUAAAUCACAUGGGUUCUGCUUCCUGAUCAGUGGACAAAGAUCAUGCUGUAAAGAUAGAAAUGGAUGUGAUUUAUCUCAUGGUAUAACAUCUUGCCAAACCUUACUCACGUGAUUCACACAUAAAGAAUAGCAUCUUUCACAAGGUGUUGAAGAGGUCCUGGUUUUUAUCAACUUUCCUCCAUGAAUCAAUCAUUUCAAAAUAAAAGAAAAUUCAAAUAACUACAUUUUGACUGAAUACAAUAAAAAAGGGCUAAAAGUCAGAGAAUCAGAGAGAAAAAAAUUGGGUGAGCAAUAGUAUUAAUUCUUUUCAUUGGAGUUAAGAUUCAAGUGUGCCGUCAACAGGGAAAUUGUUCCUCUUGUGUUUAAAUUCUUACCGCGCAAUUUUCUUUGUUUAAUUGUUAAUUGCCAAUUUUGUUAGACAUGCGCUUUCCAUUUCUCUAGCCCAUUUGUAUUUCCAACUAUCUAUUUCUAAUGGUAGAGAGUUCAAGGCAAAUAUUCAGUUCCCACAAAUGAAUGUUAAUAACAGCCAUGUUAGGAUCAUGAUGAGGGCAAGGGUCAUGAGGCAUUUUAGGAUGAGUUCAAUUGUGGAGUUAUGGGUGAUCAUGGGUUUAUCCAGGUCACAAUUAGAUAUUUUCUGGGAAGAAGGUGUGUGUUAGGAGGAUUAAAAUCUUUUAACAGCACAGAAUGACAGAGAUCAUUGCGUUGACACAAACAUUUUAUACGAGGUCUGUACAAGAACAAAAUUUACCUGAAUGGCAUUUUCAACAUAGUACAUUUUCCUCAAGUUAAUUCAGAAGAGUGCAAUGUGAUUCAAAAUUGAAACCAAACUCAAAGUAUAUAUCAGAGUUAGGAAUAGUUACGACCUGGGAUAGGAGAGAGAAGUUUUAUGAAAUAUCUUCUAAGGCUGAAAUAUGUUAGGAGGGAGCAGUUAAGGGAGAUUACAGAGCAGUUUAGGGAGGGAAUUUCAGGGUUUAUAUUUGUAAAUAGAAACAUGUUCUCUAAGGAUUGAAAGCCAGAAGAGAUUGUCUGAGAAAAGACAAGGAUGAGAUCAUGCAGAGAUUUAAACGGAUGCAUGAUACUUUGAAAUUGAGAAGAAUAUCACUAGACAGAACCUCUUAUUAUGGAAAAAAUAAGCUUUACUAAUCUCUCAAUAGUAAUGAUACUUUGCAUACUAUGCAAUCUCUUUUGUUCAUGCAAUGCAAAACAUUCACAAAAUAAUCUUUAUGUCGAUGUUCAGAGAUGAAGAGUUGAAAAUAUGUAUAUAUAUCUGGCAAAAUGCACCAUGUGGUGCUACACAUGGUGUGAGAAUAUUUGUUUAUUGGUGAUUAAAUUCUAAAAUUCAAACAUAAAUUCUACAAAUGGAUCCUCAAAUAUUCUAUAUUUGAAUAUAGAAUAUAUUCUGAAGCAGGGUCAUGAGCCGAAACGUCACCCAUUCCUUCUCUCCAGAGAUGCUGCCUGUUCCGCUGAGUUACUCCAUCUUUUUGUGUCUAUCCUCAAAUAUUAAGUUUGAUUUUCUAGUGUAACAUGCUACAAGACAUUUACAAUACAGAAGAUAGACACAAAAAGCUGGAGUAACUCAGCGGGCAGCAUCUCUGGAGAGAAGGAAUGGGUGACGUUUCAUGUCGAGACCCUUCUUCAGACUGGUUAGGGAUAAGGGGAACGAGAGACAUAGAUGGUGAUGUUGAGAGAUAAAGAACAAUGAAUGAAAGAUAUGCAAAAAAGUAACGAUGAUAAAGGAAACAGGCCAUUGUUAGCUCUUUGUUGGGUAAAAAUGAGAAGCUAGUGCGACUUGGGUGGGGGAGGGAUAGAACUAGAGGGAAUACCGGGGCUAUAGAACUGUGUAUUUAAUAUUCUUUGCAUCUUAUGCAUCUUGAAAAUCUAGAUUUUUAAACGAUGUUCAAGUUAAACAAAUGUUUGCAUCAAAUUAUUAUGUAAACAUUGAGCCCGCAAAAGCCAUUUACAAUAUUAAUAACAAAUGUAUGUGGAAAGCUUGAGAAAAGAACUUCAAUGUAAUCUGUACUUUAUGUUUAAUAGAAUAAAGAGUGUGUUAAAAAAAAAAGAA